GGCUGAUAAUUCAGUUUUUCAUUGCAAUUUGCAUCUAAACCCUAGCCACUCCCAAAUCUAAAUCAAAAGCAGUGAUGGCGGUGGAGGCAGCUAUGCAACCGAGCAAGGUGCGGUGGGGGGAGCUGGAGGAAGACGACGGGGAGGAUCUGGACUUCUUGCUGCCGCCGAAGCAGGUUAUUGGUCCUGACGAGAACGGGAUAAAGAAAGUAGUGGAGUACAAGUUCAACGAUGAGGGAAACAAGGUGAAGAUUACAACCACAACUCGCAUCCGCAAGCUGGCCAACGCCCGCCUUAGCAAGCGUGCUGUGGAACGCCGCUCCUGGCCUAAGUUCGGCGACGCUGUCCAUGAGGAUGUCGGCAGCCGCCUUACCAUGGUUUCCACCGAAGAGAUUCUCCUCGAGCGUCCCCGUGCUCCAGGUACCAAACAAGAGGAGACUAAGGUUGCUGGUGAUCCUUUAGCUCAAAUGGGUAAAGGAGGAGCUGUUCUCAUGGUCUGUAGGACCUGUCUUAAGAAGGGUGAUCACUGGACAUCAAGAUGCCCGUACAAAGAUCUUGCUCAACCAAGUGAGAGCUUCGGUGAAAGGCCCCCUUCCUCGGAAACUGCUGCUGCUGCAACUGAUGCUACAAAGAGAGUAUAUAUUCCUCCCAUUGUGAGAGGUGGUGGUGCUGACAUGAGACGUAGGAAUGAAGAAAACUCUGUUAGGGUCACCAACCUUUCAGAAGACACACGGGAGCCUGAUUUGCAUGAUCUAUUCCGUCCAUUCGGUAAUUUGAGUCGAGUUUAUGUUGCUGUUGAUCAGAAGACUAGCAUGAGCAGAGGUUUCGGUUUUGUCAACUUUGUGAACAGGGAAGAUGCUGAAAGAGCUAUUAACAAACUUAAUGGAUAUGGGUAUGACAAUCUCAUCCUCAGAGUUGAAUGGGCCGCUCCUAGGGCAAACUAGUUCUCUCCUUAAAAUCAUCGAGUUGCUUUAUUCUGUCCUAAAUGAAGAAUUCAUGGAUUCUUCUCCAAGCUUUCAAAGUGAGAUUAUUACUAUGUCUCGUCAAUUUUUAUGCUUAUUGCAGGUUGGUUCGUGUUUUUGUAGCUUUGUUCACACGUGAUAGAAAUGAUGCUUUGCCGAA